AUAUAAUGCUGCAUACGGCCUGUUUAUUUCCAUUUGCAUCCAGGGUUGCUUCCAUCACCGCUGCAGAUCGAUAGCCUCCCUGAAAAAAGGAGAAAAUGAAGGUAGUUGCUGCAUAUUUGUUGGCUGUAUUGGGAGGAAACGCCUGCCCUUCAGCUGAUGAUCUUAAGCACAUUCUUGGCUCUGUUGGAGCUGAAGCUGAAGAUGACAGGAUUCAUCUUCUUUUAUCUGAGGUCAAGGGAAAAGAUAUAACAGAGCUUAUUGCAUCUGGAAGGGAGAAGCUUGCCUCUGUUCCAUCUGGUGGUGGUGUUGCUGUUGCAGCCGCUGCACCUGGAGCCAGUGCUGCUGCUGCUGCUCCAGCUGCAGCUGAGACCAAGAAGGAAGAGAAAGUUGAGGAGAAAGAGGAAUCAGAUGAUGAUAUGGGCUUCAGUCUCUUUGAUUAAAAUGUUGAUUGGUUUCUGCAGAAAUUUUCUUUUUCAGUUUAAGCCUGACUUAGAUUUGAAGUUUUGUUAUCCUGCGGUAUGUAGUCUUCUUUUUCUGGAUUCAAAUAUUGGAUAGACAAGACAUUUGUUUUGCUGAAACUUAAUGUUGCAAUGGAAUUCUGAGAGUUCAUUAUGAUGAGUUUCUUGAAUCUCAUGUCUAAUGAUGAUGAAAGAUUGAA